AUGACGACCCCAGCUGCGUGCGAGGCUGGCGGGUCGCAAGCUGCCCCGGUGGCCCCUGGAGUCGAUCCCAAUGCUGUCCCAACGGCCGAGACGCUGAGCGCCGCAUGGGACCUCACUGUCCUCGACCGGGAAGGCAAACAAGUUCCCUUCAAGGACAUUGUGAAUGCCUCACCUCGGGUGCUCGUCAUGUUCAUCCGACAUUGGUUCUGCCCCGCGUGCCAAACCUAUAUGCAAAAGCUUGUUGGUACGGUCACUCCGGAACUCCUCAGUAGCCUGCCCGUCAAGACGUCCAUUGUCGUCAUCGGCAACGGCGGUUACCAGCUGAUCGACCAUUGGAAGCGGGAGGCAAACUGUCCCUUCCCUGUCUACGCAGAUUCGAAUCUCAAGCUGUACGAAGCGUUCCAGCUGCCGCGUAGCAUGGGUUCCAAAGGGUCUGACUACUAUAACGGGAACGUCCUCCAGGGCUUCCUCAAGGCCAUGUCGCAGGUCAUCUGGAUGCCGCACAAGGUCCACAAGGCCGGCGAUCCGAGCCAGAACGGCGGUGAGCUGCUAUUCGAACCUGCAGCAGCAGGCAAGAACGGUAUGAAGGAGGUGACGUGGUGCCAUCGAAUGCAGCAUGCGGCAGACCACGCCAAGUUUGAGGAUGUCUUUAAGAGGUUGGGUAUUGAGAACAUCUCAAGGGUUGCAGGACCAGCAUGA